CAAACAGUAGCUAGUGAACGACCAUACACAUUUACUAUAAAUUUUCAUCCCGCCCUUACAUUUCAAGCGGCAAAGCACAAAAGAAAAAACAUGCCAAGGAUUAAGAAGCUCUUUCAACUAAAAUAUUUUUCCUCACUGUUUGAAAUCAUUCGUAAAACAUCAAGGAAGUUGCCUUAUCUAAGGUUGAAGUUCAGCCAAGGCAUCCCUGCAUCAACUCAAUUCAAGUUUCUUAAGAAUUCCUCGUUUACAGAUGAGGUUUCAAACCAGACAUUGGUUUUUCAUUUAGAGGGUGCAUUAUUGAAGGCAUAUUCACUCUUCCCUUACUUCAUGUUGGUAGCUUUUGAAGCUGGUGGACUCUUUAGAGCUCUCAUCUUGCUUCUUUUGUACCCUUUUGUUUGGUUACUCGGCCAUGAACUUGGACUCAAAGUUAUGGUAUUUGUCAGCUUUGUUGGUAUUAAAAAGGAGAAGUUCAGAGCCGGGACUGCUAUUUUGCCUAAGUUUUUCCUUGAAGAUGUUGGUGUUGUGGGGUUUGAUAUGGUGAUGAAGUAUAAAACAAAGGUGGCAGUCACUUCAAUGCCUAGGAUCAUGGUUGAAUGUUUCUUAGGUGACUAUUUGGGAAUCCAUGUUGUUAUUGGUAAAGAGUUAAAGGAAUUCCAUGGUUACUUCUUAGGUUUAAUGGAGGAAAACAUGGAUCCUGCAACAAUGUGUAUUAACAAUAUUGGUUUAGGUUGUUUCAGAAAUUCUCGUUACCAGAAAAUUUUCUCUCGUUGCAAGGAGAUUUACUUAGUGACCGAGGCAGAAAAGAAGAAGUGGCCAGUCCUUCCAAGGAAGAAAUCUUUAAAGCCAUUGAUCUUCCAUGAUGGAAGGUUAGCUUUUAGGCCAACCCCAUUAAACACCUUAUCUAUGUUCAUUUGGUUACCAUUUGGUUUCCUCCUCCACAUAACUAGAAUCAUGGUUUUCAUUUCAUUGCCUUUCAAGGUCUCUGGACCUUUAUUAGCUUUUUCCGGGAUGAUAAAUACGGUAUCGCAUUCGAACGUUGAAUCUUCCGGUGAAGGAAAAAAAAGAGGCAUGCUCUAUGUAUGUAACCAUAGAACAUUACUAGACCCAAUUUAUUUAACCAUUGUUUUGAUGAAGUCUGUCUCCGCUGUCACCUACAGCGUUAGUAGGUUCAGUGAGGUAAUUUCACCUAUCAAGACGGUCCGGUUAACACGAGACCGAAAAACAGACGAAGAAACAAUGAAGAAGAUGUUAAGCAAAGGGGACUUAGUGGUUUGCCCUGAAGGAACCACUUGCAGAGAGCCUUAUCUGCUAAGAUUUAGUCCCUUGUUCGCGGAGAUCACCGAUGACAUCGUCCCCGUAGCUAUAAAAUUGCAGGUUAGCUUGUUCUAUGGAUCAACAGCCAGUGGACAAAAAUGCCUAGACUCAGCAUUUCACCUCACGAAUCCCAAUCCUACAUGCUUGAUCAUGAUUCUAAACAAGUUACCGGGCUGGCAAACACAUAAUGCCGGAGGGAAAUCGAAAUUCGAAGUUGCCAAUUAUGUGCAGCGUCAGAUUGCAACUGCAUUAGGAUUCGAGUGUACCAAUCUUACAAGGAAAGACAAAUAUGCGAUCUUGGCUGGUAACGAUGGGAUCGUAUAGGACGAAACAUGCAUCCGUUUUUCACUACAACACACACACACACACACACACAAAAGGUAGUAGUUGUUAAAACAGAACAGGCUUGGUUGCAAAUAAUUUAAUUGUAUUAGGAUAAUGAAAGUGCAGAUUUUGUUCUUUGCACUUGUGCUUGUUUGUCUGAUUAAACAUGCUGUGGUGUAGUUUUGAUGAAAUUUGAUGCAAAAGAAUAUCAAUGUAUAGCAACAAUAAGCUAAAAUUACAAUUUAAGUCCUUGUGCUAUACUCUGGAUUGCAUUGUAGUUCUUCCUUUUGGAAAAUGAGCAAACUGAUUAUUGUACAUUAACAA